UUUUGUUAACUUUGAUAUCUUUAAUCAGAAAUGAGUAUGUGACGUAUCGAUUUGCAUAUAUAUAUAUAUCUAAGAAUACGCUUGUUUAACAUUGAUUCGUAAAAAUUUAUAAUUGCACAGUAGAAAUUUUUUUAUAUUUAUCAGUAUGCCUGCAUAUCAUUCAAGUUUUAUUGAAAGUAAUGGAAAUGUUGGUAAUAUGGCACUUUUGCCAAUUCGAACACAUUUUAGAGGUCCUGCACCUCCCUUCAAUAAUAAGGAUUUGGAUAUAAUUGAUGAAGCAUUGUAUUUCUUCAAAGCAAAUGUGUUCUUUAGAACGUAUGAAAUUAAGAGUGAAGCUGAUAGAGUUUUAAUUUAUAUUACAUUAUAUAUAACAGAAUGCUUGAAAAGAUUACAGAAAUGUGCAACUCAAGCUCAAGCUACAAAUGAAAUGUAUUCUCUUGCUAUUUCAAAAUUUGAUAUUCCUGGCGAUCCUGGUUUUCCUUUAAACUCUGUAUAUGCAAAACCAAGUAAUCCUGUAGAAGCAGAUACUAUGAGACAAUAUUUGCAACAAAUAAGACAAGAAACUGGUGUUAGACUUGUAGAAAAAGUAUAUGGUGAAGAUGGCAAACCAAGCAAAUGGUGGUUAUGUUUUGCAAAAAAAAAAUUUAUGGAUAAGUCAUUAUCUGGUCCUGGACAAUAAAGUAUAUUUUUUAAUUAUAAUAUAGAAUAUAUAUGUAUAACAGAUAAAUACAAAAGUUUAUUGCAGGAAUAUGAGUUCUAAUAUUUUAUAAUAUUAAUAAAAAUAAAAUAGAAAGAUAAAAAUGCAGAAAAAAAAUAUUGUAAGAAUUUUGUAAAUUAAAUGUAUUAUGCAUUUAUCAUAUAAUUAAACUUGUAAAAUCUUAUUAUAUCAUAUUAUAUUAUAUUUGUAUUUACUUAAUUUAUAAAAAUGAAAUAUAACACUUUAAAACAACUAA